CCCUCCGCUCCACCUCCGCUAACUUUGCCGCUCCCGUUUAAAAGCCACCGCGCACCACCAGUCCACACCACCAACACCAUCCCAAACGCCCAGCUCCCCAACCCCCACUCUACCGCAGCCAAAUCGGACUCGCACGGACGCACGCACGAACGCCCAAGAGAUCGCACGGGCGCGCGGCUAGCUCUAGCUCAUGCAGAUCCUCCGGCUGCUCGCGGCGCGGCGCUUCCGCCGCCGGCGCCGCGCGGUGUCUACGAUCACCGCCACCGCGACGGCGCCGGUCACGCCGCGCGGCGGCUGCUGCGCGUACGGCGAGGAGGAGGACGAGGGCCCGUUCUUCGACCUGGACCUGUCCUGCUGCUCCGCGCCCGCGUCCAGCGCCGGCAGCCAGGCGGCCGAGUCGGGCUCCGAGUCCGAGGACUGCUCCUCGGCCUGCGCCGCCGCCGUGAACGCCGCCCGCGGUGCCGACCUCGACUUCGUCAUCUCGCUGCAGCGGAGCCGCUCCGCGUCGCCGUCCUACGAGGAGCGCCUCUUCUUCCGCGGCGCGGCGGCGCCGCCGCCGCACCUUCCCCCGCCGCUCAUGUUCUGCGCGUCCGAGCCGAGCGACGCCGGCUCGCGCGCUCGGAGCAGCAGCGCGAGCCGGCGCGGGGGCGGCAGGCUGCAACUGCGCACGCUCAGCUUCGGCUCCGCCAAGGCCGCCUUCUACGGCGGUCGCGCCAGCUUCUCCCGGAGCGCCAGCAGCAGCGCGCGCUCCGCCGCCAGGCUCUUCGCCGGGUACGGCUCGCCCGACGACGUGGACCUGCAGCGGGACGAGGCCAGGGCCCGCUCGCCCUCGGUCGACGUCAUCCGGCGGUACCUCAGCAAGAUCUCGAGCCGGCUGCGGCGCGUGGCGCCGACCACCGCCGCCGCGGACCUCCGGCUCCAGAAGAGCCGCUCGGCGUCCGCGGCGCAGGUGUCGGCCGCCGCCCAGUCGCCGGCGGCCGCCCGCCGCGACGACUCGCUCGCCGAGAAGCAGGACGGCAUCGCCAGCGCCAUCGCGCACUGCAAGGAGUCGCUCCACCGAGCUAGCAAGCGGGCUGCAAGGUUUCUCUCAGCCUUUUCCUAGCCCACUCGUACAAUGCGUCCGUCUCGGAGCUUGACACGUCGCUGCUGCGGUCGCGGAGUGACCCCGGGACGUGACAUCCACGCGAGCAACCAGCAUCGUUGCUGGGGUUCUGCAUUUGCCACCAUGCUCACCAUUCGACUUGCUCCUAGCUAGAGGGCCGGAGGUUGAAGAAACGGCGGCCGAAGCUUCGCGCUGAAUUUCGCGGAGGACGCGAGGAAAAGACGGCGAACCUGCUGCCGCGAGUGCGAAUUGCUAAAGGCUCUCGUCAAGAACGUGCAGGGGUCGGUUUCGCGGGCGAGCGCGAGAGAUCUUUAGCCUUGUUUAUGCGUGCGAGCGGGUUCUUUUGGUGGGUUUAGGCGUGGGGAAAGAGCUCCUUUUAGGCUCCUUUAGCCACCUCCCCCAUGUACAAGCGUGGAUCUGUGUCACCUCCUUUCCUUUUGUUAGGUUUCCUCUUUUUUGGUUCACUUUGUACAAGAGAGUUGCAACACGACCUGUAAUUAGGUACUCAACCUUAUGUACCGCUUGGCUCGCCGCCACUGUUGCUAGUUGCUACUUGUCAGAA